AUGUUCGCCCAGAUAGGUGGGCACCAGCUGAACGACAGCACCGCCGACCGUUCCAAUCGUCGAGACACACCUUUGCGCAGCUACAACCCCGUAACGAUGGUCGGUGAUAUAGCGUUGCUGCGAGCAGAACUACCGACUGGCCGCAGGUUUGAGUCCGACCCACAAACACCCUUACGGCUGCCGGAUGACAGCAAGGCCGCGAACGGCGAGCUGUGUUACAUCUUCGGGUACGGGUCGGAUUCGUACGAUGGACCGAUCAGUCAGACGCUCCACUACGGCACCGUAAUAGCGCUCGAUCUGGACAGUUGCAUUGGAAUGAUGGGCGCCGUGGUGGCACCGCCCCCGGACUCGGGAAUGUUUUGUGCCAUCGGAGGUGAUUCCGGUGGAGGAUACGUUUGCCGGGCGCCAUUUUCCACCCAGUUUGUGCUGCGGGGCGUAAUAUCGUACGGUGUCGGUUGUGGCGCAACGGCACACCGGGGCGUGUACACGGACGUUGCCUACUAUCUGCGGAACUAUCCGAUCGGUUCCCUCAUCGGUACAGCUUAA